AUGGAUCGCAACGGAUACCCUGAACGAAUGGACAGGUUAUGCAGAGAAGGAUACCAGGAAUACAUUGAAGAUUCUAUAGAUAAGCCUUGCAAGUGUUGCAUCCCUGAAAACCCAAAUGCGUGUACGAGAGUUGCUUGUCCGAAUAUGACAGCCACUCCCUAUGCCAUAAAAGGCCAAUGUUUCCAUGACUUCCAUCAGAUUGAGGCUGAAUUUGGCACCCAAUGCAGCUGUUGCUAUCCAGGAAGUUGGCAGACCUGCAACAGGGAAUUUAGCUGCCCAAAUGGCGAUGGUUAUUGUUCAGGACAAGGAUGUAGCGGCUGCAAAGAUUAUGAAGCAAGAUGA